AACUGGAUGAACACGUCAUAGUUGUCACUUGUGUUUUCGUGAUGAAAAGCCCAGUGUUUGUGGUGCAAGUUUUGUGCCGAAUCAUUUUCUAACCGGAAAUCUUCCCAUAAAUCCAGGCAGGAUUAUCUCUCUAAUCAUAGUAUCAAGGAAUCAUAUCUUCAGGAAGGCAGAAAAUUCCCGGCAAAAAUGGAUUUCUCAUCCUGGUACAAUUCCGUUCCCAUUUUCACACGAUACUGGCUAUCGUCCACAAUUGUUCUGAGUCUGAUUGAGAGACUGGGACUCAUCUCUGGCGAAUACCUCAUUCUCCUGCCAUUCAAGUUCAUCUACACAAAGUUCCAGAUUUGGAGACCACUGACGUCAGUGCUGUUCUAUCCAUUGACUCCCCAGACGGGAUUUCACUUCAUGCUAAAUUGCUACUUCCUGUACAAUUAUUCUGUACGGUUGGAAAGGGAGCAGUUCAAGAAUACUCCAGCUGAUCAUCUGUUCAUGUUGAUCUUCAACUGGCUAAAUUGUGUGAUCCUGGGAGCGUGUUUCAAUGCCCCUCUGCUGAUGGAUCCCAUGGUCAUGUCGGUUCUUUAUGUCUGGUGCAAGCUCAAUGGGGAUACCAUCGUUAACUUCUGGUUUGGGACACAAUUCAAGGCAGCUUUGCUGCCCUGGGUUCUCCUUGGCAUCAACUUGUUGCUGACUUCUUCAGCCAAGUACUCCCUGAUGGGAAUUGUCAUUGGACAUCUCUACUACUCCCUGAAAUUCCUCUAUCCUUCGUACCGGAAUACCCCCAGCCUACUUGAAACUCCCAGAUUUCUGAAAAACUAUUUUCCGGACGUUACUGGAGGAGUUUACGGGUUUGCCGGGACUCGUCUGGACAACAAUCAACCACGACCAGCCGGUGGGAGGUUCAGCAAUUGGGGCACGGGGCAUCGUUUGGGAAACAACUAAUAAAACACUUCCGAGUUUUUUCCGGAAAUCUUCAGUGUAUUUUGUGCAAAUAAAAUUAAAAUGGUCUGAAACGUC